AUGAAUCAUGAUUGGCUGCAAAAUUUCAACCACCUGCACCAAUCAUGGCGUGUGGAUCACGAGGCGGACGAGGAGCACAGCCUCACCUGCACUCAGCAACCAAAUUGGAUACGCUUGUUCUCUCCCACUUCACCUUCCAAAUUGAUUGAUUUCAACGACGGGGGCUAUGCUAUGUCCGGACUAGAAGUCAUCGGUGUUGCUGCCAGCAUUCUCCAGGUCGUAGAGCUUGGCACCCAUCUCUCGAUUAAGCUCUAUACGUUCUGCCGCAGGCUCAAAGACACAGACCAACGCAUCCAAAGCCUGUCCAGUGAUGUUGCCUUGACGUGUAAUGUUCUACGUCAAUUAGGCGACAGCCUCCAACAGGACGAGGAUGCUAAACUCUAUUCUAUGGAGGCAUUUUCUACAGCCCAACAAGUGCUGGGAGAAUGUAGAAAGGUGUUCCAACGAAUCAGCGAUGCGGUGGAUUAUCCUGACCAGAAAGCCACGAAAGGCCUUCUCCAGAAGGCAGCAAGAAAGGUCGGAUUCCUGUGUAUUGAGGAAGACCUGGAGGUUCUCAGAGUCAACUUGGAGCGCUUAAAAUCAACCAUGCUUUUGAUGCUCAAUGUAAUCAUGUAUGCUGGCCAGCUGCGUAGUCGAGCAGAAUUGAGCGUCCUCGAGGAGCAGCGAGAGCUGAUUCGCACACUUGUCGGGGAGAAGAAAACGAACGAAACUCAAUUUGAACGAUUGAAGAAGGCCUUGGAGUCUGCCAAGAUUACGGACAACCAGCCGAACGAAUCCCAGCUAUCGACCUGUCUUACCAUGACAUUUGCAUACAAUGAUGCUCCAUUGGCGAACGAAUUACUUCCGUCGGAGCUGCGAGAGUACGACGCCUUAGUGAAGAAAGUCCUGUCCGAUAUUGACACCUAUCAGUCUAGAAUUGAUUAUGAUCAGUAUCGUCGAAUGAGAGACGACAUUCUACAAUGUUAUUACUCGGAGAUUAGCCACUGCGAAACUCGUCACGGUCAGCGAGUUGCACAGUGGUUCCGGGAGCAAUAUUCUGCGCUCUGCAAGGAGUAUGCCGUAUGCACCUCUUCCAAACUGGAUCAGGGGGCAAUAAGAAGCAGGCGUACAAAUGUGGAUUACGUUGCCUCAACUUCAGAAAGUGGCAGUAAACGGGGCACUAUUAACCCGCUGAGGUUACGGAGCUUUGAAGAUGAGAUGACGAAGCGAAAGAAGCAGUAUAUCGAGCCUGCGCCACUCCAACGGCCAUCCAACUCAUUGGGCCAUGUGCAACAACCGGCCAUAGCCCAUGAAAUGGCUGCAGGAAUACUCCCAUUAACACCCUACUCCCCUGGACCCCCCUUCUCGGAAACGUCAAGCCCGAUCAUCCAGCACCAGUACGGGAUAGGGAAUCCGGCAGUUGAAGUAUACCCGAAACAGCCAGUUGCUUCUCACGAGGGGGGCUAUGUAAAGACGGAAGAUGCACAUGACGUGGAGGCGUUUUUGAUGAAGUGGACAACUUUGGAUGAGAGUGAAGUCGGUGCCUAUUGA